UUUCAACUUCCUGUUGCUCGGGGCAAUGAGGAAGCACUGGAGAAAUUUUCACACUAUUUGCCUGUAAAAAGUACCCUUUUGAAAUAAAACAAAUUUCGAACCUUUUUCGGCACCACCAACUAUAUUUCGUGGCACUCGCAACCAGGAAACAUGGGGGACGUAAUGAAUGUGGACAGCAUUAUAACGCGGCUUCUAGAGGUCCGCGGAUCGCGGGCCGGCAAAAACGUGCAGCUCCUGGAGGGCGAGAUCCGGGCCCUGUGCCUGAAGUCCCGCGAGAUCCUCCUCGCGCAGCCCGUCCUGCUGGAGCUGGAGGCGCCGAUCAAAAUCUGCGGUGACAUCCACGGCCAGUACUACGACCUGCUACGCCUCUUUGAGUACGGCGGCUUUCCGCCGGAGUCGAACUACCUGUUUCUGGGCGACUACGUGGACCGCGGCAAGCAGUCGCUGGAGACCAUUUGCCUGAUGCUCGCCUACAAAAUCAAAUAUUCGGAGAACUUCUUCAUACUGCGGGGCAACCACGAAUCAGCCAGCAUCAACCGCAUCUACGGCUUCUACGAUGAGUGCAAGCGGCGCUACAGCAUCAAGCUGUGGAAGACCUUCACCGACUGCUUCAACUGCCUGCCGGUGUCAGCCAUCAUUGACGAGAAGAUCUUCUGCUGCCACGGCGGCCUGAGCCCCGACCUCACCUCCAUGGAGCACAUCCGGCGCAUCAUGCGACCCACAGACGUGCCCGACCAGGGCUUGCUCUGCGACCUUCUGUGGUCCGAUCCCGACAAGGACACCGCCGGUUGGGGCGAAAACGAUCGCGGCGUCAGCUUCACCUUUGGCGCUGAGGUAGUGACCAAGUUUCUGCACAAGCACGGCUUCGAUCUCGUCUGCCGGGCCCAUCAGGUGGUCGAGGACGGCUACGAGUUCUUCGCGAAGCGUCAACUGGUCACGAUCUUCUCGGCGCCCAACUACUGUGGUGAGUUCGACAACGCCGGCGCCAUGAUGUCCGUUGACGACACACUCAUGUGCUCGUUCCAGAUCCUGAAGCCGGCGGAAAAGAAAAAAAAGUAGGAUCUGGUACGUCACGACGGUUGCCACUCCAACCAAAUUGUUUUACAUCAAAAUUUUUAA